AUGGGAGCAGUGAACAAAUCCUGCAACAAAAAGCCAGCGGAGAAAGUAGAAGUUGAAGAUAUUCAUGAAGUUAAAUACUGGCCAACAUCGAGUGAUUAUGCAUGCCACCCGCUGGAUUUCUGUGCUGUGCCGUUGAUCUUUUCUUGUCACUUUGCCCUGCCCCUUCUUCCUUCAGUCACCGAAUUGAUGUUGUGUGCUAUUCGGAGUGGCACAAAAUGCCUUCCGGAAAACAACUAUUUCAAGGCUAUUUUUAUUUAUACUCUUGGUAGUGUUUUUGAUAUUGUCAGUGACGUCAUGAGCCCUAUGAUAGACAUCUCCUGGAUGAUGUACUGGCAAUACAUCGAGGGCGGCGCAAAUAAUCUGCCCAAGCCACCUAACCCAAUUCUAUCGGGCAUGAGAUCGUUUAUUAGGAGGAAUAAUCGAGAUGAUUCAGGGGAUGCCACAACUGUUGAUUCCACGGCUUUGGUUUCCAAGAGCUUUGGUACUGUGUUCGUGGAAAUCGAACAAGAUUACCAGAAAUAUCUUCGGCAGACUGCAGACAGCGACAAACCUGAGGGCCAUUUACAACAUGCCUCCCAAAAGCAGAGUGCAGAGAAUAUUGUGUAG